AUGGACGACGCCGGUGGCGGUGGCCCUGCCCCAACGCCGGCGCCGCACGGGCGCGCCGCCUCCCACCGCGCCACGUUGGCGCUCGCGGCCGUCAGCGUCCUCCUCGUCCUGCUCUGCCUCUUCUGGCGCUUCGUCUGGCAGUGCAGGAAGCACGAAGGCAGAAGCGGCGGCCCCGCCAGCGUUGCAGCUGCCGAUAUCUCCGCCGCCGCCCCGCCGCCGUCCUCGCGUGGCCUCGCGCCUCGCACGACGCUCCCGGCGUUCGUGCGCGUGGCCGCGGCGGGCUUCGGCGGCGGCGCCGAGAAGGUCGACUGCGCGGUGUGCCUGGCGGAGCUAGGGGACGGCGAGGCCGCCGCGUGGCUGGUGCCGGGAUGCGGGCACGGGUUCCAUGCGUUGUGCAUCGAGGCGUGGUUCCGCGUGAACUCGACGUGCCCGCUCUGCCGCGCCGCGGUGGACGGCGCCGCCGCAGCCGCGGGGCAGAGCGCCGGAGAGGCUCGGGAGUGCGGCGGCAGCGUAUGA